CCUGAGGUAGGGGCGAGAGAGCCUGGGGUAGGGGCGAGAGAGCCUGGGGUAGGGGCGAGAGAGUCUGGGGUAGGGGCGAGAGAGCCUGGGGUAGGGGCAAUAGAGCCUGGGGUAGGGGCGAGAGAGCCUGGUCCUAGGGUAGGGCGAGAGCCUGGUGUAGGGGCGAGAGAGCAUGGUGUAGGGGCGAGAGAGCCUGGUGUUGGGGCGAGAGAGCCUGGUGUAGGGGCGAGAGAGCCCGGUGUAGGAGCGAGAGAGCCUGGGGUAGGGGCGAGAGAGCCUGGUGUCGGGGCGAGAGAGCCUGGUGUAGGGGCG